AUGGGGUCCCAGCUCGAGAACCUGCUGUCCAACAGUUCCCUCGAUUUGGAUGUCGACCCCGGCCUGCUGGGUCUCCUUGUCGACAGUGCAUCGGACAACCCCGCCCCUGCGGCUGGUCCCAACGGCCAAAUGGCCCCGGCAUCCACAUCAGCAUCGACCUGCGGCCCCGGCGGGGCCUACUACCCCUACUCCGGCGGCGCCCAGGGCGGGGUGUUUGGCCAGAGCACGAUCCUGCCGCUGUUCGGCCCGGGAUGCAGCCCGCCUGUGAUGUCCCCCUUCGUGAUACCGGAGCGCGGCCUGCCGGCCGCGGGCGGCCAGCCGCCCGGGUACGGCAUGGCGGCGACCGGGGCGCACGGGGGGGACGGGCGGUACGCGGCGCCCGCCGACGUGGGCCCCGGCGCGGGGCCAUCGGGCGGGCCUGGAGGCGCGGUGGAUGAGAAGACGGCGACGAUCCUGAGGCGGCAGGCGGCGAUCCAGGCCAAGAACAGGCGGGCGCAGAAGCGGUUCAGGGAGAGGCAGAAGGCGAAAAUGACUAACCUGGAGGAGCAGGUGGAGGGGCUGUGUGCGCAGCUUGAGGAGCUCAAGACCCAGAACACUUCGCUUGCCAAUAAGAACGACUUGCUGACGAAAGUGCUCCAAAUGAAAGACGAGCAGAUGUGUGUGCUUCAGGAGGGAGCAAAGGUGUUUGACAAUGCUCGGAGCCGUGCCGAGCCUGCCCGCCUUUCAUCCACUUCCAUGACACAGACCAGUGUCUGCACGAUGGCAAAGCAGCCGAAAGCCUUGGAAGGAAACCAUUUUCCCACAUCUAAGUUUUACGAGCUCACAGCGGAAGAAGUGAGAGAGACGUGGAAGGCCUAUGUCAACCAGCUGUCGAUGCUGCUUGUUAACCUUGGGACAGAUGCCUCUCAGACGGAUGCUGAGCCUCGCAUACUGCAACUGGUGUCGGAGAUGGGCGAGCUGUGCUGUAAGACGGCAACCUUGUGCCCUGUGAAUAUGAAGAAGCUCUUAAUGGGCUCUUUCGAGUCACCUGGCACCCAGCCUUCCCUUGAAGACCGGGAGUUGGAGAAGCGUUGGGAUGAAGUCUUGAAAACUGUGAGUUUGACAGGGAAACAGGAGGAUAUGGUGUUAGAGCUGAGGAGUGCAUUCUUGCUGCGAAUGAAGACACUGUGGCAGCAGAGGGCUAUUCUCAACAGGAGGUUUCAGGAGUGUGUGGGGUUCAUUGAAACAAGGGAUCUGUCAGGCACCCAAAGUUCAGGGACUCAGAGCACAUGCAGUGCUUCGCUGAAGGUUGCAGAGAUUGUUGAAGAGCUGCGAGAUAGUCUCCAUCGUGAAACACAGUACCAUUACGACUUCAUAAGCUCGUUCUUCCAAAAUGUGGUGGAUGACAUGCAGGCUGCCCACCUUUGUGUCCAGUCAUAUCCAUACUACCCGGACAUCCUCGUGAUUUCAAAUAUCCUGGCGGCCGAGAGGGGGGUGCAGUUGGACUGGCUGAAAAACGAGCAAGGCCAGUGA